UGGGGUUACUUUUGUUGGCGGGAAAAGUAGAGAGGUUUUCGCGCCGGGGCGGGGCUACGCUAGGCUCUUUCGCGCGGCUCCGCUGGCAGGAGUUCCCUAGCAGCAAGCAUGGCCGGGACCGUGGUGUUGGAAGAUGUGGAGCUGCGAGAGGCGCAGAGAGACUACCUGGAUUUCCUGGACGACGAGGAAGAUCAGGGAAUUUAUCAGAGCAAAGUUCGGGAGCUGAUCAGUGACAACCAGUACCGCUUGAUUGUCAAUGUGAAUGACCUUCGCAGGAAGAAUGAGAAGAGGGCUAACCGCCUCCUGAACAAUGCUUUUGAGGAGCUGGUUGCCUUCCAGCGGGCCUUAAAGGAUUUUGUGGCCUCCAUUGAUGCUACAUAUGCCAAGCAGUAUGAGGAGUUCUACAUAGGUUUGGAGGGCAGCUUUGGCUCCAAGCACGUCUCUCCCCGGACUCUCACCUCCUGCUUCCUUAGCUGUGUCGUGUGUGUCGAGGGCAUUGUCACUAAAUGCUCUCUAGUUCGCCCCAAAGUCGUCCGCAGUGUCCACUACUGUCCUGCUACCAAGAAGACCAUAGAGAGACGUUAUUCUGACCUCACCACUCUGGAGGCCUUCCCAUCCAGCUCUGUCUAUCCCACCAAGGAUGAGGAAAACAAUCCCCUUGAGACAGAAUAUGGACUUUCUGUCUACAAGGACCACCAGAUCAUCACCAUCCAGGAGAUGCCAGAGAAAGCCCCCGCUGGCCAGCUGCCCCGCUCCGUGGACGUCAUCCUGGAUGAUGACUUGGUGGACAAAGUGAAGCCCGGUGACCGAGUCCAGGUGGUGGGCACCUACCGCUGCCUUCCUGGAAAGAAGGGAGGCUACACCUCAGGGACCUUCAGGACUGUCCUGAUUGCCUGUAACGUGAAGCAGAUGAGCAAGGAUGCUCAGCCUUCCUUCUCUGCUGAGGAUAUAGCCAAGAUCAAGAAGUUCAGUAAAACCCGUUCUAAGGAUAUCUUUGACCAGCUGGCCAGGUCGCUGGCCCCUAGCAUCCAUGGCCACGACUACGUCAAGAAGGCCAUCCUCUGCUUGCUCUUGGGAGGGGUGGAACGAGACCUUGAGAAUGGCAGCCACAUCCGUGGGGACAUCAAUAUCCUCCUGAUAGGAGACCCGUCCGUUGCCAAGUCCCAGCUUCUGCGCUACGUGCUGUGCACCGCACCAAGGGCCAUCCCUACCACCGGCCGGGGCUCCUCUGGAGUGGGUCUCACGGCCGCCGUCACCACAGACCAGGAGACAGGGGAGCGCCGUCUGGAGGCGGGGGCCAUGGUCCUGGCCGACCGGGGCGUGGUGUGCAUCGACGAGUUCGACAAGAUGUCCGACAUGGACCGCACGGCCAUCCACGAGGUGAUGGAGCAGGGCCGCGUCACCAUCGCCAAGGCCGGCAUCCACGCCCGGCUCAACGCCCGCUGCAGUGUUCUGGCAGCUGCCAACCCCGUCUACGGCAGGUACGAUCAGUAUAAGACCCCCAUGGAGAACAUCGGGCUGCAGGACUCACUGCUCUCCCGAUUCGACCUCCUCUUCAUCAUGUUGGAUCAGAUGGAUCCCGAGCAGGAUCGGGAGAUCUCAGACCACGUCCUCCGAAUGCACCGCUACCGGGCCCCCGGGGAACAGGACGGUGAUGCAAUGCCUUUGGGGAGUGCCGUGGAUAUCCUGGCCACGGAUGACCCCAACUUUAGCCAGGAAGACCAGCAGGACACCCAGAUUUAUGAGAAGCAUGACAACCUUCUGCAUGGCACCAAGAAGAAAAAGGAGAAGAUGGUGAGUGCGGCUUUCAUGAAGAAAUACAUCCACGUGGCCAAAAUCAUCAAGCCCGUCCUGACGCAGGAGUCGGCCGCCUACAUCGCGGAGGAGUACUCCCGCCUGCGCAGCCAGGACAGCAUGAGCUCUGACACUGCCCGGACAUCUCCAGUGACAGCCCGGACGCUGGAAACUCUGAUUCGAUUGGCCACGGCCCACGCCAAGGCCCGCAUGAGCAAGACGGUGGACCUGCAGGACGCGGAGGAGGCUGUGGAGCUGGUCCAGUAUGCUUACUUCAAGAAGGUUCUCGAGAAGGAGAAGAAGCGUAAGAAGCGAAAUGAGGAUGACUCGGAGACAGAAGAUGAAGGGGAGAAAAGCCAAGAGGACCAAGAGCAGAAGAGGAAGCGGAGGAAGACCCGUCACUCGGAUGCCAAAGAUGGAGACUCCUAUGACCCCUAUGACUUCAGUGACACCGAGGAGGAAAUGCCUCAGGUGCACACUCCCAAGGCAACAGACUCGCAGGAGACCAAGGAGGCCCAGAAGGUGGAGCUGAGCGAGUCCAGGUUGAAGGCCUUCAAGGCAGCCCUUCUGGAGGUGUUCCGGGAAGCUCACGCACAAUCGGUGGGCAUGAAUCGCCUCACAGAAUCCAUCAACCGGGACAAGGAAGAGCCUUUCUCCUCCUCAGAGAUCCAGGCUGCGCUGAGCCGGAUGCAGGAUGACAACCAGGUCAUGGUCUCCGAGGGCAUCGUCUUCCUCAUUUGAGGGGCCUCGUCUCUUGGGCUUUACGUUUUUACGUUUCCUCCCUCCCCCUGCUCCCCCAGUAUUUGCCUUCAUUCCCGGAAUGUCAGUGUUGGAUGGAACUGAAGUGGGGCCCGCAUGUGGAAGCGGAGUCAGGACUCCAUGGAAGCUUGGGGGAUGGGUGAUGAAAGCCGCUGUGGAGCGAAGAAGGUGGGCAGGACCAAGACGAUGGCGUCCUCCCUGCUGACAGCCAGAUCACACUCCACGGCCCCUCCCCAAGCGAGCACCCAGUUUUUUUUAGGCACAGCUAGUUUCUGUUCAUCUUUUCUCUGUGUGUGGGCUGUUUCUUCCCUCCUGCGCACUUUGGUCUAGAACAAACUUUGGGUGGUUCUGUGCUGGUGGAGGGAGAGAGGCUGAGGCAAGUCCUAAGACCAGGAAAGCUUGCUUUGCACUGCCACCAUACGUACAAAAGACUCAUACGAACUUUUGACCCAUAUAGCCAAGACAUUGAAUAAACUUAGACUUUUUUUUUUUUUUUUUUUUUUUUUACUGUGCACGUGGCCUUAAUACUGUGAUUUUAUGGACACUUAGGUUACGUUUCCUUGCAAGCUCCACCCCGUGGGCUGGGCUGCCUGCCUUUCCCUGCCUUUACCCAGAGUCACCGCACGGUGGCAGCAGUCCGCUGCACUCUCCGGGGGUUAGGCCUUCUCUGGGCAGUUCAAUUCUCAGCCCAGCAUAGUGGAUUAAGUAAGCGUCCCACAUUGCUUCAGCUGGGUGUAGGUCGCCACCACGGCUCACAUCUGAUCCCUGGCUGGGAACUCCAUAUGCUGCAGGGCAGCCAAAAAAGAAAACACUGCGAGCUAAACUUUGCUGAUUUAAAAUAGCUCAAGGACCGCAGGAGGCCAGUGAGUGAAAGUCUGGGAAGGUUGACCCUCUGCCUGGGUUUUCUAAGCAGGAAUCAAAUCCCCUUCAUGGAGAAAUGAUACUUGAUACCUCAGACACCUAAAUCGUGUAAAUUCCUACUCAUUAAGAGAUCCCCUUAAAGGAUCCUCGUGAAACCAUUUAGCUUCUGGUGUCCAGCCCUUAGAGCUUGUUAGCCGUUUGCAGAGAAGUUUGUGGAGGGACCAGGGCGUGACUUCUAUCCUGCUCUGUGGUUGGUUCUUCUGAGGAAAUUUUGAGGUUACUGAAAUAAAAAGAAGAAAACAAAA